AUGAACCUCUUCUCCGACGACGAAAGCGGCAGCGACAGCGGCGAGAGAAAGACGCAGCUGACUAUCAACCAGCACUAUGCCAAAGCGUUCGAGUAUAGGAAGGAGCGCGAGGAGCUUGAGCGGUUAAAAGCCAAAUACGGCUCCGACUACGCCUCCUCCUCCUCCUCCUCUAACUCCUCCUCCUCAUCGGACUCGGACUCAACAGACUCAGAAAGCGCCGAAUCAGAAGACGAACACGGCGAAGAACUGACACCCGCCGUGGACGCUGCGAUCCUGCGCACGCUCGCGCGGAUCAGGAAGCGCGAUCCGGGGAUAUAUGAUUCGAGCCGGAGUAUUUUUGGAGAGGAACGCGAACGACUAGCGGCCAAAACGCCCGCUCUGCUCAAUGAGCAAUCUAAAUCCAAAAGCAAGCCCUCAAAACCACUAACAAUCCGCCAAGUCAACCUCGCCUCACUCAUCAACGCCUCCCGCUCCCCUUCUCCUUCUCCCUCCGCUGACCCCCGUCCCCACCACUCACACUCCACCUCCACAGACCAACCAGAACCACAACCGCUCACACACGUACAAGAACAAGAAGCGCUACGGCGCGCUACGAUCGCUGCAUUCCACAGCGCCGUGCCCGGUCCACUUGAUGGAGAUGAUGCUGAGGACGAUGGGGAUGGGGAGGAUGACUUUUUGAUACCCCGUGAAAAGACGCUGGAUGAGAGGGAGAGGGAGGAGAGGGAGUAUCGGGCGUUUUUGGAGCGGGAGGUGGGGGUUGAUUUGAGGGAGCUUGUUGGUGUUGGUGUUGAUCGCGCGCAUGAGGAUGAGGGUGGGGAGGAGGAGGGGGAGGAGGGUGCGGACGAGGGUGCGGACGAGGGGGAGAAGAAGAAGAAGAAGAAGGAGAAGAAGAGCAAAAAGUCUGCGUCGGAGGGUGGAGCUGAGUCAUCGUCGAAACAGAAAAAGAAGGAAAAGAAAAAGGAAAAGGAAAUGAAAAAGAAAAAGUCAAAGGAGGAGGAGGACCAGGAGUUUCUUAUGAAUUACAUCCUGAACCGCGGAUGGAUCGACCAUUCAAAGGGACAUGUGCCGACGUAUAAAGAGGUGACGGAGGCUACGUCUGAUAAACGCGACAAAAAAUCGAAAUCGAAAAAGAAGAAGAAGGAGAAGGAGAAGGAGAAGAAAUCUGAAGGGGAUGGGGACGUCUCUUCCGAAAACGAAAACGAAAGCGAAAACGAAAACACCAACGAAAACGGCGCCGCCACCGACGCCGAAGAAGAAGAAAACGACCCCGGCCUCCUCUCCGACACCUCCUUCGACUCGCUCGCCUCCCUCUUCGAAGCGUCCUACAACCACCGCUUCGAAGAGCCCGGCGCAUCCUCCAUCCCCACGUACCCACGCACACUGCCCACCCUCGCACGGCGGGAGGAGUCCAAGCGCAAAGAGGCGAGAGAGCGGAGGAAGGCAAGGAAGAAGGAGGAGGUGGAGAGGAGGAGGGAGGAGGUGAGGCGGUUGAAGGCGUUGAAGAUGAGGGAGGUGAGGAGGAAGUUGGAGGUUGUUGGGCGGAUGGGGGGGUUGAAGGUUAAGGCGAAGAAGGAGGGAGAAGGAGAGGGAGAGGAGGGAGAGGGAGAUUUUGUGGAUGAGGCGCUGCGCGAGCUUGAUUUGGAGGGAGAGUGGGAUCCGGAGAAGCAUGAUAGGCAGAUGGCGGGCUUGUUUGAUCGUGCGGAUGAUGCGUUUGUCGAUGACGGCGCAGGCGGUGAUGGGGAUGGGGAGGGGGAUGGGGAUGAGGAUGUGAGAUACGACGCGGAUGGUAAGCCUAUUUGGGACGACGAUAUUGAUAUUGGGGAUAUACACGUCUCGGACGACGAUGCUGUCUAUGCGCCCCCGCCCAAGCUAAGUAAGAAGGAGCAGAAGGAGGAGAAAAAGAAGAAGAAGAAAAAGAAAAAGAAUGGUGCGGAGGAUGAGGAGGGGGGAGUGGACGUGGAUAUGAUGGACGCGGAUGUGCAGCGCGCGUAUGAUCCUGAUGAGGAGUGGGAUGGGACGGAGGAGAUGAGGAAGCGCAAGCUUGAUGAGUAUAUGGAGGAGAUUUAUGCGUUGGAUUUUAAUGAUUUGGCCGGCGGCCUACCCACCCGCUUCAAAUACGUACCGGUGCCUAAACAAUCCUACGCACUGACACCCGCCGAAAUCCUCAUGGCGACCGACCAAGAGCUGAACGAGUACAUGAGCGUCAAGAAAUACGCGCCGUACCGGCUGGAUAGGGGGAAGGACGCGGAGAGGGCGAGGUAUAGUCGGAGGGCGCAGGAGAAGUUGAGGGAGUUGAAGGUGAGGGUUGGGGAGAGGGCUGGUGCGGGGGUGGGGGUUGGUGGGUGGGGUGCGAUGGGUGGGAAUGGGUGGGGUGGAGGGGAUGCAGGGUGGGAGGGGAAGAGGGGUGCGGGUGCUGGUGGAGGGGAGGGUGAGAAGGUGAAGAAGAGGAAGGGGAAGAAGGAGAGGAUGAAGGCUAAGGCUGCUGCUGGUGCCGGUGCUGGUGGGGAUGAGGGCAAUGACGAGGGUGGUGAAGCCAACGUUGAGCAGGAACAGCAACAACAGCAUGGAGAGUUAGAGACGAAGAGCAAAAGCAAGAAGGACAAGGAUAAGACACAGAAGGACAAGUCAAAGUCCACUUCGACACCCGCUCCCACUACAAGCACAAGCACAAGCACAAGCACAGGACACAAACGUAAGCGCGAAACCGACAACAACAACGACGACGACGACGACGCGCCUGUGCCCGGCUCCGUCGACGCAGCAGCGGCACCGGUGGGAGGAGGGAAGAAGAAGCGGAAGAGGCGGCAUAAGAAGGCGGAGGUGGAGGGCGCGGUGCAGGUGGAAGUGGACGCGUGA